AUGAAGGUCAAAGCAGCUGUUACAACUGAAAGUAGUCGUGUAUCACAGUUUCAUAGUGGAACUGCAACAAGUCCCAAUUUAAACGCCCCCGUUCAUAAUAAUACAGAUUCUAGUACAACUACACAAAUUGAAACACCAAAGUUAUUUAAAGCUUCAACACUGCAUAAUUGGACACAGGAAUUCGCUAAAUUCCUUCCAGCUUUUCGUCUAGUCCCAUAUUGGGGUACAUCAACAGAGCGUGAAGUUCUACGCCGAUCUUGGUCAUUUACACGUUUCUCUAAUGCCGAAUCUUUUGAUGAAUCUGGUGAUAUUAAUCCUGGACAAGCUGGAACUAAGGAUUCUCAACUUCAAUUAGUUAUCAAGUUGUUUUGCAAGAUGCGAAAUUCAUUAAUAAAACCGCAUGGUCCUACAUUAUUUUAG